GAUUCAUUUCAAGCACGUGUCUUCAAAACGUGCGUUUGACUCUGCCUUGACUUGAACUAACCUCGCGUGCAAGAAUGCGAGUGUUGGGAGAAAUAUACAUCGUCAUCUUUUCCGUAUUGUGAGAAACCCAAUCGAAGUUUACUUGGGUCUUUGAGAGAGUUCUGGAUUGGAGCUACGAAAAUGAAGAGAUUCUUCCAGCCAAUCCAAAAGGAAGGAUCAUCAUUUAAGAAACCCACUCUCUCUCCUCCCUCAACGAACAAUCAUGCUCAAAACCCAGAAGCCUCAGGUGAUGACAACAACAACAAGGAGCCAUCGAAGUUCGUGACGUGGAACGCAAACAGCUUCCUUCUCCGCGUCAAGAACAACUGGCCGGAGUUCACCAAGUUCGUCGAGACCCUUGAUCCUGACGUCAUUGCUAUACAGGAAGUAAGGAUGCCAGCAGCUGGUGCCAAGGGGACACCAAAAAACCAAGGAGAGUUGAAGGACGAUACAAGCUCUUCACGUGAGGAAAAACAGACUUUGCAGAUUUUGAUGCGUGCCAUUUCAAGCCCACCAUUUAAAAGUUAUGAUGUAUGGUGGUCUCUUUCAGACUCGAAGUAUGCAGGGACUGCAUUGUUUGUAAAGAAGUGUUUCCCACCAAAAAAGGUCUCUUUCUCUUUGGAUCGAACAGCCUCAAAGCAUGAACCAGAUGGACGAGUUAUUUUGGCUGAGUUUGAAUCAUUCCGUAUACUGAAUACAUAUUCACCAAACAAUGGGUGGAAAGAGGAGGAGAACGCAUUUCAAAGGAGAAGAAAAUGGGAUAAAAGGAUUAUGGAAUUUGUCAUAGAAAUUUCAGAUAAGCCCCUUAUUUGGUGCGGUGACCUUAAUGUGAGCCAUGAAGAGAUUGAUGUGAGUCAUCCAGAGUUCUUCAGCAGUGCAAAGCUUAAUGGUUACAUCCCACCAAAUAAAGAGGACUGUGGCCAACCUGGAUUUACCUUGUCUGAGCGGAAGCGUUUUGGUGCCAUAUUGAAAGAGGGCAUGCUAGCAGAUGCAUAUAGAUUCCUACAAAAAGAGAAAGAUAUGGAACGCGGCUUCUCAUGGUCAGGAAAUCCUGUGGGAAAGUAUCGAGGGAAAAGGAUGAGAAUAGAUUAUUUUAUAGUUUCCGAGAAACUCAAAGAUAAGAUAGUUGCAUGUGAGAUGCAUGGGCAGGGGAUUGAGUUACAAGGUUUUUAUGGGAGUGACCAUUGCCCUGUGUCCCUCGAGCUUUCACAAGCAAGCCCUGAUUCCGAGCAAAGUUAAGUUGACUAAUAUUGUAGUCGUUGACAUUACCUUAUGCUCGAAUGAAGGCAAUUAGGUUAGUUUCUAGUAUAUCCAGCUGAUUUUGCUAUUAUGUCUUAACUAGAGACAAGUGCGCCGGUGAUUGUGAUUUAGUAGGAGCAGAACUAUGUUGUUAUGUUUCUCACUCCCAUUUCCAUCCCAAACUUCCUGUCAUUUUAUGAGAUGCUGAACCUCAUAAACUCGUUUUGUAUAUUUGGCCCUUGACAAUGUAAUCCUUUUGCUGCCUUCCGAAAAGAUUGUAACGUGCUUAUUGGUCAUUGAAUUGUUGUAGACUCGGUCUGCUACAGAUCACCAUUGCUGAAUCAAAUCUGGCAUUGGAGUUCAUGUAAAUGUGAAUUCCAUGCGGCUGAAAGAAUCCUUUGCCA